AAUAUAAAAAAAGUUUCUGAAUACUUACGUGCUAUUGCCGAUUGCCCAACAAGAUGGAAUUCCUCAUAUCUCGCAUGGAAUAGGCUCCUUAAAUUAAAAAACUAUAUUAAUUUUCUUGUAACUUUACUUUCAACCAAAUCUGAUUUCGAUACUAAGAAAGAUCUUAAAUAUUUAAAAAAAAAUUUACUUUAUGAUGAUAAGUGGGAUACAAUAAAUGAUCUAGUAGAGAUUCUCGAACCAUUCGCCAAGACCACUGAUUAUUUAGGUGGAAGCAAUUAUUGCACCUAUUCAAUAAUAGUUCCUAUUUUAAUUGAACUUAAGAAAAAAUAUCAGCUGUCGAUUACUAAUAAUGAUAUUAUAGUAGAAACUAAUAAUGAUGAUGCCCAAGACUUAUUUGAUGAUGAUAUAAAUGAACAGGCUUAUACACCAAUUAAUAUUGAUCUUGACGAAGUUAAAAGUAAUUUAUCUAAUGCAAUAAAUCACUAUUGGCCCGAUUUAACAUCACCAAGUUCGCUUUUGCCUAGUCUUCUAGAUCUCAGAUACAAAAGUCUAUCUUUUGUUACAUUUGCUGAACGAUUUGCUACUGAGAAUCUACUUCAUGAAGAGUAUAAUGAAAUGAAAAAUUCUAUAAAUAAAGAGGAAAAAAAUGGUAGAACAGAGGUUAAAUCAACUACUGUAAAGAAAGCUAAAA